AUGAGCGCCAGCAUCGGCCCAGAAGCUGCCCCCAAACCCAGCGCCAAGUCCAUUUAUGAGCAGAGGAAGCGGUACUCCACGGUGGUGAUGGCUGACGUCUCCCAGUACCACGUCAAUCACCUGGUGACCUUCUGCCUGGGCGAGGAGGACGGCGUGCACACGGUGGAGGACGCGGCGCGGAGGCUGGCCGUCAUGGACAGCCAGGGCCGCGUGUGGGCGCAGGAGAUGCUGCUGCGCGUGUCUCCCGACCACGUCAAGCUGCUGGACCACGUGUCCAAGGAGGAGCUGGAGUCCUACCCGCUGAGCGCCAUCCUGCGCUGCGACGCGGUGACGCCGCCGGGCCGGGGCCGCGCGCUGCUGCUGCUGGUGUGCCAGGAGCCCGCGCGCGCGCAGCCCGACGUGCACUUCUUCCAGGGCCUGCGGCUCGGGGCGGAGCUGAUGCAGGAGGACAUCCAGGGGGCUCUGCACAACUACCGCUCCGGCCACGGGGAUCGGCGGGCGGCGGCGCUCAGGGCCACGCAGGAGGAGCUGCAGCGCCACCCCGAGCCCGCCGCCGAGACGCCGCCCCUGCAGCGCCGCCCGUCCCUCCGCGCGGUGAUCAGCGCCGCGGAGUGGGCCGCGGCCCGCGAGCGCCCCCAGGCGGAGCCCAUCCCGGAGGAGGAGGAGGAAGCAGCACGGAGGCCGGGCGGGGCGGAGACCCCCAGGGGCGCGGACCCGGCCUCCCCGGACCUGGGCCCCCGCGGCCCGGAACUGGCGGGUCUGCAGGCCGAACGAGAAGUGGACAUACUGAACCACGUGUUCGACGACGUGGAGAGCUUCGUGUCGAAGCUGCAGAAGUCUGCGGAGGCGGCCCGCGUGCUGGAGCACCGGGAGCGCGGCCGCAGGACCCGGCGCCGGGAGGCCGGGGAGGGCCUCCUGGCGCUGCGGGCCAAGCCGCCCAGCCAGGCCGAGUACACCGACGUCCUUCAGAAAAUCAAAUACGCCUUCAGCCUGCUGGCCCGGCUGCGCGGCAACAUCGCGAACCCCUCCUCCCCGGAGCUGCUGCACUUCCUGUUCGGACCCCUGCACGUGAUUGUGGAGAUGUCCGGCGGACCCCAGCUGGCGAGCGGCGUGCGGCGGCCGCACCUGACGGCGGAGGCGGUGGCGCUGCUGCGGGAGAACGUCACCCCCAGUGAAAACGCGCUCUGGACCUCGCUGGGGGACGCGUGGACCCGCCCCGGGGUGGAGCUGCCCCCGGAGGAGGGACCCCCCUACGUCCCCGAGUUCUACAGCGGCUGGGAGCCCCCGGCCGCGGACCCCCAGGGCCGCCCCUGGGAGGACCCAGUAGAGAAACAGCUGCAGCACGAGCGGCGGCGCAGGCAGCAAAGCGCCCCCCAGAUCGCUGUCAACGGCCACCAGGACCCGGAGUCGGAAGCCGAGCCUCAGCAGCCGGAGCCGGAGCCGGCGGGGAAGUGGGUCCUGUGUAACUAUGACUUCCAGGCCCGCAACAGCAGCGAGCUGUCCGUCCAGCACCGGGACGUGUUGGAGGUCCUGGAUGACCAGCGCAAGUGGUGGAAGGUGCGAGACCAGCGUGGGCAGGAGGGAUACGUUCCCUAUAACAUCCUGACACCCCACCCGGGGCCCCGAGGGAGCCGCAGCCCAAGCCCUGCCCGCACUCUGGAGAACAGCACUCCUCCGCCCCCACCGACCUCGGCCCCGGCCCCCGCCCCCGCCCGGCCCCACUGGGACAGCUGCGACAGCCUCAACCACCUGGACCCGGGCGACAAGGAGAAAUUCUGCCAGAUGCUCAGCGUCAACGAGGAGCUGCAGGCGCGCCUGGCGCAGGGCCGCUCGGGCCCCAGCCGCGCAGCCACGGGGCCCCGCGCCCCCGAGCCGCAGCUGCACCCGCGCUCCGACGCCCGGGAGGUCCGCGCCUGGCUGCAGGCGAAGGGCUUCAGCUCCGGGACCGUGGACGCGCUGGGCGUGCUGACCGGCGCGCAGAUCUUCUCGCUGCAGAAGGAGGAGUUCCGCGCGGUGAGCCCCGAGGAGGGGGCCCGCGUGUACAGCCAGGUCACGGUGCAGCGCGCGCUGCUGGAGGACAAAGAGAACGUGUCAGAGCUGGAGGCCGUGAUGGAGAAGCAAAAGAAGAAGGUGGAAGGCGAGAUGGAAACGGAGGUCAUUUGA